AUGGCGGCGGCGUUUGAAGCCCCGGCGGCCUUGGCUCCCGAGGAGCCCGCUGCGCCCCCGGAGGCUGUGGCGGAGCAUGCGGCGGAGCCCGUGGCCGCCCCGGCCGCGGCCCGGGAGCCCCUCCGCCGGCCGGCGCGGGGCCUGCGGACGGCGCACGACGUCAGCGGCCCGCGGACCCGCACGGGGGACGUGCUGCUGGCCGAGCCCGCCGACUUCGAGUCGCUGCUGCUGUCGCGGCCGGUGCUGGAGGGGCUGCGGGCGGCCGGCUUCGAGCGGCCCUCGCCCGUGCAGCUCAAGGCCAUCCCUUUGGGGCGCUGCGGGCUCGAUUUGAUUGUCCAGGCGAAGUCUGGCACUGGGAAAACCUGCGUCUUCUCCACCAUUGCGUUGGACUCGCUUGUUCUUGAAAACUUAAGCACCCAGAUUUUGAUCUUGGCGCCUACAAGAGAAAUUGCUGUACAGAUACAUUCCGUUAUCACGGCCAUUGGAGUAAAAAUGGAAGGCUUGGAGUGUCAUGUCUUUAUUGGAGGGACUCCUUUACCUCAAGACAAAACCCGACUUAAAAAGUGUCAUAUUGCCGUUGGAUCUCCUGGCAGAAUUAAACAACUGAUAGAGCUUGACUACUUGAACCCAGGCAGUGUACGUCUCUUCAUUCUGGAUGAAGCGGAUAAGCUUUUAGAAGAAGGCAGCUUCCAGGAGCAAAUAAAUUGGAUUUAUUCUUCCUUGCCUGCCAGUAAACAGAUGGUGGCAGUAUCGGCUACUUACCCAGAAUUUUUGGCUAAUGCUUUGGCAAAGUACAUGAGAGACCCCACUUUUGUAAGGCUCAAUUCCAGCGACCCAAGUCUCCUAGGUUUGAAGCAGUAUUACAAGGUCGUCAAUUUGUACCCGAUGGCCCAUAAGAUCUUUGAAGAAAAGGCUCAGCAUUUACAGGAACUGUUCAGCAGAAUUCCUUUUAAUCAAGCCUUAGUCUUUUCUAAUUUACACAGCAGAGCACAGCAUCUGGCUGAUAUCCUUUCAUCUAAAGGCUUUCCUGCAGAGUGCAUUUCAGGCAACAUGAAUCAGAAUCAGCGUCUCGAUGCUAUGGCUAAACUGAAGCAGUUUCAUUGCAGAGUCCUCAUCUCCACAGAUUUGACUUCCCGUGGGAUUGAUGCUGAGAAGGUGAAUCUGGUUGUGAAUCUGGACGUGCCAGUGGACUGGGAGACAUACAUGCAUCGGAUUGGCAGGGCUGGCCGUUUUGGUACGUUGGGAUUGGCAGUGACCUACUGUUGCCGGGGAGAAGAAGAAAAUACGAUGAUGAAAAUUGCCCAGAAAUGUAAUAUCAACCUUCUGCCUUUACCAGAUCCCAUUCCUCCUGGUCUGAUGGAAGAAUGUUUGGAUUGGGAUGUGGAGGUUAAAGCUGCUGUGCAUACAAAUGGUUUAGCAAACGUGCCUAGCCAGCCCCUGAGAAAGCAAAUGCAGAAAAUAGAGAGAACCUCCCAAACUCAGAAGGCUCACGGUAACCACAUGGCUUCUUGUAGAAACACUUCCGUAUCUACACUGUCAGUCAGAUCCAAAAACACCGCCAAACAGAAGCUUCCUGUGAAAAGCCACUCGGAGUGUGGAAUCCUUGAAAAAGCGGAAUCCCCGAAAGCAUCGGGCCGGGCCCUGCCGCUGGAGGAGCAGGAGCAGCAUUCUGCCGAGAGCCCUGCCGACGGCGCCAGCAGCCAGCCCCCCGCCAGAGAGGACGCCCCUGCGUCACUCCCCCAGAUCCCGUGUCUGUCUGCCUUUAAGACCCACCCACCGUGUGCGCUGACGUUCGCGGAAUUGUUGGAGGAUUACGAACACUACCUUAAGGAGGGGCUGGAGAAGCCUGUGGAGAUCAUCAGGCACUACACGGGCCCUGGGGAUCCGGCUGGGAGCCCCCACAAUGGCUUUGUGAGGAGCGGAAUUGCUGAAGAGAGAGCGCGGGCGUUGGCAAGCAGUAGUCAGUCUGGAGACUCCGAGAGCGACAGCGGCUCUUACAGCUCAAGGACUUCUUCCCAGAGCAAAGGAAAUAAGUCCUUCGUGGAAGGCUCUUCCGACAUUCCGCUGAGAGACACGGCGUCGACGCCUGCGGCUGACCACCCGUAUUCGGAACCACCUCUGGAUGGAAGUGACACCCCGAGUCUGGGAGAGUGUCGGGAGUCACCGGAGGCCCAGGCCACGGCGAGGCAGAAAGGGGGGGCUGGCCCGAGGGCUAAGCAGAGCCGCAGGAGUCCUCGGCGCUCCUCCCACCGGCCGCAGGCAGAGCCCCAGGAAGACGAGUGGUCUGGCCGCCAGAGGGACGCCCAGGCCGGUUUUCCUGGGACCUAUCAGGACUACGAGGAGUCCUGGAGAGCUUACUACAGGGCCUGGCACGAGUACUACUCUGCUGCUGCUCAGUCCUAUUACUGGAAUGCUCAGCGGCACCCAGGGUGGAUGGCGGCCUAUCACAUGAAUACCAUUUACCUGCAGGAAAUGAUGCGCGGCAGCCAGUGA